ACUUCAGCCAUGCUGCUCAACACACUGCUCAUAGUAACGCUGAGCUCUCAGUGUGUCUGGGCCAGAAAGUCGGAACCCUCCCUCAGUGAGGGGGACACCGUCGGCUUGUUCAGGGGAUCAGACAAAUACGACUUUGCCAUUGAGAUUCCUGCUGCAGGGAUGGAGUGUUUCUGGCACUUUGCCCACCAGAGUGGAAGUUUCUACCUCACGUACAUGGUACAGUGGGUAACGGGGAUGGCCAACAAUCACCAACUGUUUGUGACGGUCAACUCACCGGACGGCGUUCUCGUGGCUUCAGACAACAAAGUUGUCGGUCAAAUGAAUUUCCAGACCGAGAUGACAGGUUUUUACCGGAUGUGUCUUGGGAACCACAACAACCAAUUUGGAGGAAUCAGGGUCUUUCUGAGCUUUGGUGUCAUCUACAAAGGAUUGGAGGAGUCGGAGAGAGAGAUGGAGGAAGGCGAGAAAGUCCUCAACAGCACUUUAACUGAUAUUGAGGUGUUUUUGUCAAUUCAAAUCUCUGGAGAGCAUACAGAAGCUCCAGAAUCAGAUCUUUCACAUCUGGCAUCAUUACAACUUUGCCCGCAUGAGGAAAGGAAAGGAUCACUACCUCCUCCUGUCCAACCUCAGCUACGUCAACUGGUGGUCGGCUACCCAAAGUCUCGUCAUCCUCCUGUCUGGAUACCUGCAGCUCCUCGUCCUUAAAAGACUCUUCAACACAGGUGCCGGCAGGCCGAGAUGCUGAGAGCAGAACACACGUGAAAGACUGCUGCCGAAAUCCCCACGAUGAGCUUUUAUUUUCUUUCAUCAGGAAUGUAUUGAUACAUUUUUGGAAUGGAUGAAGCACUUGAACAUUACAUGCAACAUUUAAUUUAAGUAGUGUGGUGGAAAUCUGAAAUAAAGAUUUUAGAUGCAAUCCUUUGUCUUUAAGCAUUUUAUUGUAAGUGGCUGCGGUGGCACACAUACUCUUCAAGGUUUAUGCCUCGACACAGAGGUCCAGGGUUUGAAUCCAACCUGUGAUGAUUUCCUGCAUAUUUUCCCCCCUUUCUCACCUAGCUGUCCUGUCAAAUUAAAGGCGGAAA